AUGGCUCCCGUCCGCGCAUCAAAGCGCAAAGCAGACGCUGCCGAGGCCAAAAAGGCCGAAGAAAAACAAACCGCUGCCAACACAAGCGCUCCACGCACCAAUGUAAAGGACAGAAAAAUUGCAACCCCGAAAUCAAAGACUGCCCCCAAAGCCGCAAAAAAGGUCGCGCCUGCGAAGGCCGAAAAGCCCGCGAGCCAGGCGCCCCAGAAGGCUUCCAAGGCCGCGGAAAAGACAAAGGCCGCACCUGCCGAGAAGGCCAAAAAGCCUGCUGCCGAAAAGAAGGGAAAGAAAACACCAAUCUCCCCUCCUACUUCGCAGUCACAGUCACAACAACUACAGUCAGAAUCGUUCAACGCUUCAUCAUCCUUCAACGAGCCUGAAGAAGUUGAACACGAGAAGGCGCAUCCUCGCAAGAGAGGGAAGACGAGCACCACCUCUCCUCCCGUGAUUAACAAUCUUGCUUCCCUCAAACUCAAUGUUUACGCGUUUGGCACUGGUGACAAUUCCGAGUUGGGUCUUGGGCCGGAGCCGAAUGCGAAGAUUGUAAAGAGACCGCGUCUGAAUCCGUUCCUGCUUCCCGAUAAGGUCGGAGUUGUCGCCGUGGCUAUUGGAGGCAUGCACGGGUUGGCGUUGACCCACACCGGACAAGUUUACUCUUGGGGUGUCAAUGACCAGUACGCCCUUGGUCGUGAGACCAAGGUUGAGGCUCGCGAGAAGAACGUGGACGAGAGCGACAGUGAUGAUGAUGAGGAGCCAUUGAACGAAUUGGAGAGCACACCUAUGCUUAUCGAUAGCUUUCCAGAGGGAACCGUCAUUACGCGCAUUGCUGCUGGCGACAGUAUCUCUGUCGCGGUCACAGAUACUGGUAAAGUCUGGUCUUGGGGAACUUUUAGGUGUGCCGAUGGAAUCUUGGGAUACACCAAUAAAAUCCGCGUGCAGCCCCGCCCAGCUCUCAUGACUUCGAUCAAGAAUGUCACUGAAAUCAGCGUUGGAAAUGAUCACGUCCUCGCGGUUUCCAGCUCAGGUUCCGUUUAUGCAUGGGGGAAUGGUCAACAGUUCCAAUUGGGCCGUCGCGUCGUUGAGCGCACUCGUUUGAACGGUCUCAUUCCCCGUGAAUUCGGUCUCCCCCGCAAGAAGGUCAAGAAUGUCGCCACUGGUUCAUACCACUCCUUCGCUAUCACCAAUGACGGCAAGGUCUACGCGUGGGGUCUCAACCAGUUUGGUCAAUGCGGUAUCUACGAUGAACAGAAAGCCGGCGAAGACGCUACUGUGGUCCCGGUUCCUACCCGUAUCUCCUCUCUCGACCAGUACAACAUUGUCCAUGUCGCGGCAGGAGAGCAUCACUCUGCCGCUAUCACCGACGACGGCAAGCUCCUCAUGUGGGGUCGUCUUGACGCAAACCAGCUCGGUAUUGAUCUUACGACCCUACCUCCAGCAGAUGUUAUCUCCGACAUCUCCGGCAAGCCCCGCUUCUUGGCCGUUCCUCACGUCAUCUCGGAACGCAAAUUCAAGUGGAUUGGAUGCGGAACCCACCAUAACAUUGCCAUCGACGUAGACGGCACCGCUUUCAGUUGGGGCUUCGGCGACUCUUACCAGACCGGACACGGCCCCCCAGCUGUGGAUGUCCCGCUCCCCACCAAGAUCGAGAACAGUGCUACCAAGGAUGUUGAAAUGGUGUUUGCCGAUGCUGGUGGACAAUUCUCCGUGUUGACUGGUAUUCCCAAGCCAGCCACGAACGGAACAUCCUAA